CGGAUGUCACUCGUUUGCGCGUUGUUUUUAUGCGAAAUCCAUCAUGGCGAUGCAUGCGAAAGCUACACCGCCACAAAUUCCCGAUACACGUCGGGAAUUAUCAGAGCUUGUGAAGAGAAAACAAGAACUAGCGGAAACUUUGGUAAACCUUGAGAGGCAGAUAUAUGCGUUUGAGGGAAGCUACCUGGAGGACACUCAAAUGUAUGGGAACAUUAUCAGAGGCUGGGACCGCUACCUCACCAAUCAAAAGAACUCAAAUAGCAAGACUGACAGAAGAAAUAGGAAGUUCAAGGAGGCCGAAAGGCUUUUCAGCAAGUCCUCUGUCACCUCUGUGGCUGCUGUCUGUGCACUUGGGGGCAUCCCAGAUCAUAUGAAUGAGAAACGUGAGCCUGGCAGCGGAACCGAAAGCGACACGUCCCCGGACCUCCAGAACCAGGAGAACGAGCCGAGUCAGGAGGACACAGAGGACGGCGACGGGACCGCCCAGGACCUCAAGCCCCAGAAGGCCGCCUCUUCCUCCUCUGGCGGUCACCAUGGGAGCCACAAGAAGCGCAAGAACAAGAACAGACACAGGUUUGACAUGAAGAUGAAUAAGAAGCCCCGCGCGGUGAGCGACUUUUGAAGUUCAGCCCGGCACAGUGUGUCCCGUGUAGAGUUUACACGCUCUCAUUGUCCAGACGCCCUCAUUAUGUAACCUGUUGCGUCCGCAGGACUACUCUGCCUGAUGGUGGUCCUGACCGGCCACACAACAGAGCGCACAAGGAACGCUCAAGAGCUCUACACAUGCAGCAGAAAGUUUAACGAAUUAGUGAUUCUUUAUCUUUUUUUUCCCCUCCCCUUUUUGAAAAGAUUAAGGGGUUGGCUGUUCCCAGCAAACAGUGUGAAAAAUCACUUGUGUUUGUAUUACAUAGAAGAAAUGUCUUCUUUGGUUUGCUCACUCAUGCCUUGUUAUCCUUUGGUGAUCAGAGCGAGGGGCAUAGGACAGGCUUUGUGAUGGGGAGGUCUCUGAAAAGCUUUGUACAGAGAGUAUGUCAGGCGUGCAUGUUCUAGUUGACUCAAGGCAGGGACACUAAGCAUGCAUUUUGUAUUUUAUGUCAGACCAUUUGUUUGGUGUUUGUUUUGUAUUGUUUCAUAGUAAUUUUCAUUUUAUUUUCUACUGUUUUGAUUUUUUUUUUUAAAAGAAAACAAAAACUUGUAUACUUUUUUUUUUCUUAACGUGUUCGAUAUUAUUCAUUGUGACUUAAUUUUGUCAUUGUGGAUAUUAUUUUGUACCAUGUUUGUUUUUGCAUAAAAGUGUACAAUUGUAAAAGUGUAAUAAAUUUCAGAACAUCCCCAAUCA